ACCUGAGUCCACAAGGUUGACACUCCAAGAUCUCCACCUCAUGUUUUAAGGUCCUGAUGAAUGCGUGACAGCCGAGGAAGCAGCUUGAUCCCUGCGGUGCAAGACAAGCCAUGGCCUCCAAGCUCGCCUCUCCGGCUGCAGCCAUGACCGCCCUCCCACAGUUCAGCGGCCUCAAGGUCCAGCCAUCCAUGGUGAUGCUGCCUCAACUCAAGCAGCGUGGGCGGGGAGCUUUGGGCGCUCGCUGUGACUUCAUCGGCUCUCCGACCAACAUCAUAAUGGUGACGAGCACGAGCUUGAUGUUGUUCGCCGGGAGGUUCGGGCUGGCACCGUCGGCGAACAGGAAGGCCACGGCGGGGCUGAAGCUGGAGGUCCGCGACUCCGGGCUGCAGACCGGCGACCCCGCCGGAUUCACCUUGGCGGACACCUUGGCUUGCGGCGUCGUCGGCCACAUCAUCGGCGUCGGCGUCGUGUUAGGCCUCAAGAACCUGGGCGCCCUAUGAGAGAAGCGACUUUGUCAUGCCUCUCUGUCAAUGCCACUCUUUGUCGUGCAACAUGUGAAGCCUUCUUCUUCUUCUUCUUCUUCUCGCGGUUCAAUUCAGUCAGACGUUCUAUUCCUCUUUGUUGUGAACCUGAAAUACAGAAGUAUCAUCUAAAUCCCAUUCGUUUCACUUUGGACAUUUAACUUUCAA